AACACGGUCAAUGUUCUGUCAUACUCUCCUCGUAAAACGUCUCUGAGUCACGGUUGUCAUGGCAUAUGUCAAUGUGUGCGACUCAUCUCUCCCGUCCUCUGGUCAAGUUCCCUCGAUUCCGCCCCGCCGUCAUUCUUUCUUCACGAACCUAUAGCUCUGCCAAUUCUACCCCUCAAACACACCUUCGUCCUCAAAUAUCUACCUUCCGUUCGUAUACACGGUAUCAUUCGCAUAGGCACAGAGCUGCUAUCUCCAGUUCGUCCAUGAGACGUCCCGAAUCCCGCAGCCCUUCUUACCGACCGGAAAAAAGACGGCGCCUGUCUGUGGCUGCCCCGCGCGAGAACACCAUGGGCGAAUCCACCGAUACUCUCCCUGAAAUCCAGCUGACACCACUCGAGAAUACUCUCAAAACUCUUCUACUUGAUGUCGCACAGUAUAUACAUGAACGAAGGUGCGCAGAAGGUUCUCAGGAUGCGAACCUCUCCGGCACUGUCCUGCGAUUCACUGGAGGAUGGGUGCGCGACAAAUUGCUCGGAGUCGACAGCCAAGAUAUCGAUGUUGGUAUCAACAACAUGACUGGAUACCAGUUUGGGCUCUUGCUGAAAGAAUACAUGGACAUCCCUGGUAACUUGGACAAAUACCGGAAGAAUCAUGCGAGCAGCGAUCUAGGCAAAGAGCUUGUCAGUUUGCAUAAGAUCGAGGCAAAUCCGGAGAAAUCAAAGCACCUGGAAACAGUGACGACCAAUAUCUUCGGCUUCGAUGUGGACUUGGUCAACUUGAGAAAAGAGACAUAUACCGCCGACAGCCGCAACCCUCAGAUGGAGUUCGGAACAGCUGAGGAAGACGCGUUGCGCCGAGAUGCCACCAUCAACGCACUUUUCUACAAUCUCAAUGAGUCCAAGGUCGAAGAUUUGACCAGACGUGGUCUUCAGGAUAUGCAGGACCGAAUCAUCCGCACCCCGUUGGAGCCAUAUCAAACAUUCCAGGAUGAUCCACUGCGCGUGCUACGACUAAUCCGUUUCGCAAGCCGCCUGGGAUACAUAAUACACCCUGAAACCGAGGCAGCGAUGCAGAACGCUCUUAUAGGCGAGGCUCUAAAACUUAAAAUUAGCCGUGAGCGUGUCCUGAAGGAGCUUGAAAAGAUGCUUUAUGGACCUGACCCUCGCGGUGCACUACAUAUAAUAGAUCGCCUAGGUCUUUAUCCGACUAUCUUCGCUAAUUUCCAGGAUGAUGCUACUGUCGAGACUUCAUCCUGGCCUUUCGCCUACAACACAGUAGAGAGGCUGAUACGGCCUAAUGACGUCGACCCUCGACAGACAGUGGAACAAGUUCGAGACUUUCUCAUUCGCGACAGGCAAGAGGAGUUCUACGCCUGGAUGCUCUCAGCAAUGGCUCCGUGGUCGAAGGUCCCAAGCCGCCCCGCAAAAGGCAAGGGGCGGCCACCACCGCCUCGGGCUGCAGAGGUUGCCAAAGAAAGUUUGCGAGCCGACAAUAAAGUAAUAUCUGUUGUUGGAGAUGCAGCAGCAAGCUGGCAGUCGAUAAUACAGGUGAAGAACUCAAUUUUGGAAGGGACUGUGAGUGGCACGGCAAUGGAAGUCCGCAGGCACGUUGGGUUGCACAUUCGUUCUUGGAAAAAGGACUGGAGGCUGUGCAUUGUUCAGGCUAUACUUCAGGAGGUCAUGAGCGGACGCAAGUAUGACCUAGUGGUCGAAGAGUAUGCCGGGUUUAUUGCGUACAUCAGGGAACAGAACCUGCAAGAUGUAUACGAUCUGAAACCGCUUGUCAAUGGCGAUCAGGUCAUGAAGACAAUGGGUGGUAAGAAGGGACCAUGGCUGGCCAAGGCAUUGCAGAUGGUGGUUGAAUGGCAACUAGUGCAUCCCGAGUCAACCGAUCAGGAGGAAGUCCUGAAAAUGGAAGAACUCCGCGCGGCAGCACGCAAAUCCCUUCCGCGAGGAGAUCUUGAACUCCCGGAGGCUGCCACUGCCCGGUAUACCACAUCGGGAGGGCUAAGUCAUCUAUGGCAGGAUUGCUUAUCUCAAGUUGAAUCGGACCCUGCCCAACUUCGUGAGAACCUACUGGUGGCACAAGCCGUCCUGCAAAAAUGGACUUCUGAGACGGUGCUUGAAGCCGAUGUAGAGGCGGCAGACUACAUCUACGACUGGGCAAGCAACGCUGCUCUCCCUUCGCCCAUCUUCGCGGAGACAAUCGAAGAGGCCAGUGAACGCAAGCUUGCUGCUAUUGCUGAAGAGAAGCAGAAGCUGGCGCAAGCUAUCACCGUCAUCUCCGGAUUGAAUAAAGUGUACCCCAUUAGCAGAGCUGCCAACAUCCCUAAUAUUCUGGUUGCGCUUGCCAGCUUCACUUCAGAAGAAGAUCCAUGGUCCACCGAAGAAGCGCACCGGAUCUCAAUCGAUAUCCUUCAGGAUUUCAGUGCAACCACGCGCUCCGAUGGCGCUCUGUGGACGCAUCUUGAGACGACCCUGAAGGAGAAAAUCCGGCCUCUCUUCACCAAGACCAGGAACCCAGCCAUCACAGCAGAGGGUCGCAAGAACUUCCACCCUGUGCCCCUGGCCCGAUUCGACCUCACCACUCUUGACCCCGAAGCGAAGCCCUGGAAGGCGUUCGCCGUUUACUCGACCACAGUAUUCAGCUGGGCACUCGCUCAAUAUGACUCUACAUCAAUCACCCAACUAGAACGACAAUUCUCGCAACUCAUCCCGCCCAUCCUCGCGCUCAUCGACGACGAAACCCUCCCCCCCAAGAUCCACGGCUGCAUCCUCCUCACAGAACUCCUGCAACCCAUCCGCUCCGCCCAAUCAGACAUCCUACGGCGCACGAACCUCAGCUCCGUCUUCGAGGACGCCCUCCGGCCGUGCCUGCUCUCCCUGCCGACCAUCACCCCGGAAGACGACUCCCUCCGCCUCCUGAGCACCGCCUACCCGGCCCUGCACGCGCUGCUCGAAACCAGCUACGCCACCGGCAGCAGCAGUAAAAGCAGCAGCAGCAGCAAACCCGAUUUCACCGCGGCGCUGACCAAAACCCUCCGCGACAACCUCAUCACCUCCUUCCACCACAUCAGCUCCACGAACCCGAUCACCUCCCCUUCCGACUCCUCCGCACUGACCUCCUUCCCCCACCCAAGGCUCUCCACGCUGCUCCUCACCGAGACCCAACGGACGAUCAGCGCCCUGCGCAUCGAAUCCACCAAGUACCUGCAGGAGAUCAUCCCCCUGAUCUACAGCACCCUCACCAACCCCUUCGGGACAGCGCACCCGCCCCUGCUCUUCGCAGCGCUGGACGUCGCCCGCGCCGUGAUCCUGAACGCCCACCCGCGCGUCUGGCGCUGGCGGACGGAGAUCCUAGGCGGGGUUUGUGCAUGCUGGUUGAACGUCGUCGACGAGGAGCGGGAGAUCCGGGCCGCCACUAGGGGCCUGAAAAAUUCCAGGAGCCAUGACGACCAUGAACGGUUGAGGACCCUCGAGAGGCUGAAGAACGAGCUUCAGGGCGUCGUCGCUUUGCUCCGGUUGGCGAUGGAAAAGCCCCUGCGGCCGGACACGCCGGAGCAGGAGGCCCUCGCAACCGGUGAUUUUGGCAAGGAGCUGGAGAACCUCGUGGCGGCGGAGGAAGAGCUGCGGGGCUUGCUCUUUGCGGAGGUGGAUCCGUCGGAUGGGAGGUAUUUUGGGCAGGCAGAAGAAUAAUUCAGUCAAAUUAUCUUUCGUCAUAUCGAAAUAUUCCCUUUGGCUGUUAGUAUGAGCGAGGCACUCGUCGUUUGCUGUAGGAUACCAAAACGAAAGCCCCGAGAUCACGGGCGACGUUAUCCGAGUAUUGCCUACAAAAUUAAGCUACUGAAACAAUGCUUCAAUUUUAU